AUGACGGAACCAUCAGCAAAGUACUCCUCCACGAGGUAUUCCGACCCUUCGCUCAAGGAGUUCUUCACGUUUGAGGAAGUGGUGCUCAAAGGCUUGGCAUCGGACGGCGGCCUCUUCCACCCUCACAGUAUUCCCAACAUUCGGGAUCAGCUGCCGGAAUGGAAGGACCUGUCGUUCCAAGGCCUUGCUUUCAAUAUCAUGAGGCACUUCAUUGACCCGUCAGAGAUCUCAGACGCUGAGCUCAGGGGCCUGGUUGACCGGUCCUACGAGCCUUUUCGCUCCCCGGCCGUCACUCCUGUUGUUCCCCUGUCAAAGUCUGCCAAUCUGCACCUCCUCGAGCUCUUCCAUGGCCCAACGUUCGCGUUCAAGGAUGUCGCCCUGCAGUGCCUCGGCAAUCUCUUCUCCUUCUUCCUUGUCCGCAAGAACAAGGCCAUCCCCGCCAACACUCCCCGGCACCACCUGACCGUCAUUGGCGCCACGUCUGGAGACACUGGCUCUGCCGCCAUCUACGGUCUUCGCGGCAAGCCAGAUGUUUCCAUCUUCAUCAUGUUCCCGCACGGCAAGGUCUCGCCCGUGCAAGAGCUGCAAAUGACCACCGUGCCGGAUCCCAACGUGCACUGCCUUUCCGUCACAGGCACCUUUGAUGAUUGCCAGGACUACGUCAAGGCUUUGUUCUCGGACCCGGAAACGAAUAAGAUCCACCAUCUUGCCGCCGUGAACUCGAUCAAUUGGGCGCGCAUCCUCGCUCAGAUAACCUACUACUUCAGCGCCUUCUUCCAGCUGCAGCGUCAGCAAUCCUCAGUCAAGAAGGUCCGCUUCGUCGUGCCCACCGGCAACUUUGGCGACAUCCUCGCAGGCUACUAUGCUUCGCGACUGGGUCUGCCGGUCACGAAGCUUGUCAUUGCAACCAAUGAGAAUGACAUCUUGCACCGCUUCUGGGAGACAGGUCGGUAUUCCAAGUCGCCCAAGCCACCACAAGAGCCGCAUGAGGGUAUUCCCUCCGAUGGUGCAAAGGCACACGAGGAAGGAGUCAAAGAGACCUUCAGCCCUGCGAUGGACAUUCUGGUCAGCAGCAAUUUUGAGCGGCUGCUGUGGCACCUCACCUUCGAGCACGAGUGCGAGCUCAACCCACAUAUGAAGACGGAAGCAAGUGUACAAGCUGCGGGUAGGAAAAUCAACGAGUGGUUCGCCCAGUUGAAGACGACGGGCUCAUUCACAGUCGAUGGAGAGAUCUGGAACAAAGCUCGGGAGCUCUUCACAAGUUAUCGGGUGUCGAACGCGCAGACGCUGGAGACCAUCAGGGGCAGCUACCGUGGGGAGGCAAUUGAGGAGAAGGGAUAUGUGCUCGACCCGCACAGCGCCAUUGGCGUCCACGCUGCGCUAGAGGAAAUCAAGCAAGAUCCGUUGCAGGAAGGCGAGACGAUCGUGAGUCUGGCGACUGCGCAUCCAGCCAAGUUUGCCGGAGCGGUGGAGAUGGCACUGAAAGACGAGGCGGACUUCAAGUUUGAGAGCGUGCUACCAGAGGAGUUCAAGGGCUUAGACGGCCUAGAGAAGAGGUUAGUCAGGGUGGAGGAGGGCAAGGGUCUGGCUGAAAUCAGGGAUCUGAUCACCAAGGAGGUGGAGAAGGAGAAGGCGGAAAGGAAUGGUGCUUGA